AUGGAAGCAAACAAAGAAAAAGCAAUAAUAUACCUCUUCUUGAAAAAAUUAAGCUCGCUCAGUUUCGCAAAGGAUGCAGACACUAACUUGUUUUAUAAAGAAUGCCAUAAUGAAACUGUCUUUCAGGAAGUCGAGUUUUUGAAAAAAAAAGUUGAUCUCAAAUUCCCUAUACAUCCUUUUGUCGAGCCACUGGGAUUGAACUCAGAAAAAAGAGAAACAAUUUUAAAAAAAUUGGUACCAUCCUUCAAAGAUGAAAGAAAGAAACUAUUUUGGCAGUUUUUGCCAUCUAAUGAUAAUUCCAAAGACUUAUGUGUGGUAUCAGAGGCUUAG